AUGUGUACCACCAUUUCACCACCAUCAAAUACUAUCUCAAAAUCUUACACCACCAUCAAUAAUCUUCUAAAUGAUUCACUCAUCGAAAUAUUUUGCAGGCUUUCUUGCAAAUCUCUCUUCACAUGCAAGAGUGUCUCAAAGCAUUGGUGUGCAAUAAUUUCUGAUCUUAACUUUCAUUUUAUAUAUCUUACUCACCAACAUAGACUUCUCCAAAAUUUGCAAUGUCAAGAGAAAGACAUAGAUCAACAUAGCUACAUCCUAAAACCAUACAAUGCACUUGUUAUAACAUCAAAUGUACCCUCCUUACAAUUUGGGUCUUCUGAAAAGAAUUUAUCCUUAAAUUUUUUAGGCUCAAAAUUCAACCCCACCAAUGAGGUUCAACUGAGAUCCAUAUUGAAGUGUGUUUUCGGUUGUUGUAAUGGCCUGCUCUUAUGUGGAAACCCACGCCGAUAUCACAAAUGUAUAUACUAUGUUUGCAACCCACUCACCAAAGAAUCGAUAGAGCUACCUUGUGCUCCAAGUAAUUGCGAUCCCAAUGGUGUUCUUGUGGGAUUCACCUGCGAUCCUUAUUAUCAUAUUGAAGAAGACAAAGUGUCUAUUGUUGCUCCAAAACGCCUAUUUAGGGUUGUGAACAUUCCUGCUUUUUCUAACACAAAAACUACUUUCAACGUUGAGGUUUUUUCUUCUGAAACCGAAAAAUGGAAUGAACAUGUUUUGUUAUGCCCAAAAGGAUUUUCUUGUGGGUUUUCCCUUACAUCAUCGUGUGUUGCACAUGAUGGGGUGUUAUACUUCACAAGUGGAAGGAAGAUUCUUAUAUACAAUCCUUACAAAAAUGAACAAGUUGCUUCUGUGAUUGAUCAUCCUAGUGAAUUUGGUGAAGCAUAUAGAGGGUGUGUUGGUGUUUGUUGUGGAAGUUUACAAUUAUCCGAGUUUCCAAUUUCACGUUCUAACAAUGCUAACAUUCGUCCUUAUAGUGGUAGAGUUUGGGAGUUAGAUUCUCAUCAAGAAUGGCAAAUAGUGCAUGAGUUUUAUAUUCCUGAUAUUAUCGGAUCAAUUUUUGACAAGUUACAAGCCAUAGAAAGAGAACAUGUUAGGGGAAGUAGCAGAAUCCUCGCCUUCCAUCCAUAUGUUAAAGGUACCAUAUUUUUGGAAUUUGGCGAUCAUAUUAUUUGUUGUAAUCUACUAACUCAGGAAUUCAAGGCAUCAAAAUAUGGUGGCCUCUCUUUGGGAUUUUUGCCUAUUACUCCAGUUGUACUUCCUUGGUGGCCAACCACAAUUUCUUCUUUUCUCUGA